AUGAGUUACAUGACUGGGAAUCUUCAGUCACCCCGACAGUCAAAGUUCAAGGAAGACUUCUCUCCCGAGGAGCCCAUUGUUGCAGAUGAGGAUGGGCUCUACCCCCUCAACGGCCUCAUCGCCGGAACACCGUAUCACUUGUUAGACACGGAUGGGCCGAGGCCGUCCACCGAGGAUGCUGGAUUCAUCCGUCGGCAUAGACAUAACCUCAGUAAUAUUUCCACAAUCUCAAACGCAUCAACCGUCUCGGAUGCCUCCUCCGGAUCAGACAUUUCUUCACCCUCGAACAUCACUUCAGAGUUCAGCCAGCGCAUCAUCAGCUGGUAUGGUCCCACGCAGGCCCGGAUGAGGAGAUGCGGCUCGCCUGCCUCGUCCAUCUACAGCGCCGACGGUUCCGAGCCAUCUUCGCCUGUAGCAGAGUCGUCUCCCUCAUGGCCGUUGCCAAACGACACGGCGACUAGGCCGGAUGACACGGAUUUCUCCACGGACAGGCUGCUGCUGGAAAUUCGGAUCGUCGACUACGAGCUUGGCCAGCCGGAACAGCGAGCUGAGCUUGCCUGGGUCGCCGAUGUAUCUCGCGCCGCCCAGAAGCCCGCUCAGCCCCCAUGGGUCUUCAUUCUAUCCCGAGCCGCCCAAGAGCCCGCCAUUCCCCCCUCGUCGGUCAAGUAG